AUGUCGAAGCAACUAACGUUUAUAUCAGCGGGCGCCACUGCUGCCGUCCUGCAGUCAGCCAGUGCUAUCGUCAGUAAGGUUGCGGGCGGUCGUGUGCAGACCAAAACAGCGAAGGAAGCUGGUCGCCAUGCCGUCGUUGUUGGGCCAGAAACUCCAAUCGGUGUGCACACUGCCGUGACGGAGGCCCCCAAGUCGGCUCAGGACCCUCUUUUUUCUGGUGUGUCAACUGUUGUUGUGCGCGCAGUCCUUCCCCGUGCUGCACCCGACUCCGUGCAGUUACGGGACGCUCUUGACGUUUACGCUUCUGCUGGGAUUGACACCAAAGAGGAGGUGAGGUCUGCCACGGAGGCCUUCAAGAAGAGCGCAGAGGUUGCUGUUGGGAAGGCAAAGGCGAAGGGAGUGAAACGCAUCGUGCUGGUCGUGAAGCAGGCAAGUAAGCACAAUUGCAUCAACGAGUUAUUUAAAAAGAUUUCAACGGAGACAAUCGAGUCGGCGGGAUUAACCACUGAGGUGGUUGGAACGGCCUCCGUGGCAAAUCAGUUGAUCGUGAACCCCGAAUCACUCGGAGUGGUGCUGUUGAAUGAUGUGGCAGCAACAGAACAAAUUGAACUGGCUUUCGCGGGAGUCGUUGGUGGUGUAAGCCGCGUUUACCAUACAGUUGAAGGUGGGAAAAUAUCUGCUGGGCACAGUUUCAAGUCAGUUGCGCUAGCUGUAGCGCAGGAGUUACGAGAGCUUGGCUUGUCGAGUGAGGCCGACAAGGUGGAGGCGGCUGCUUCGAAGAACCCUAGGGCGGUGGUUUCUGCACUUUAG